AGACUUGUCCGACCUUGGGGGGUGAUAGCAAACACUUGGGGUAUGCGAGCCAGGGAGAUUGCCGACUUCGGGAAGCUUCUCAACACUUCCAUCCGGCGGGCUCUCUCUUUAACUAGCGUCACCAAAUCCCCCGUCAUUCGGCUCUUCCCCACUCACGCGGGGGAGAGCAUUCAGCCAUGCAACUAAAUUCGAUUAAAGAUUCCCGUUCGAGCGCCCUUUCAACAACUCCAAGCUUCACUGCCUAUUUAUUCUCGGUAUACUUUCAGCGCAUAGGCAGCAGCAGCUGAUGUCCCGCGAGAGCUCAGGCCAGCCACCUGUCAAACGGCGCCGUUCAAAGGACGGUUGUCGUCCGUGUCGGAUUCGAAAGAAGAAAUGCGACGGAAGGAAGCCGACCUGCGUAUCGUGUGAACGAAAUGUUUUGUUGUGUAGCUGGUUUCCAAACACCGCAGCUACUGAUACCUCGAAAGAUGACGCCUUUGAAACUGGCUUGAGUUUGGUUUCGCAUAGUAGGAAGAGGAAGCUUUCAGCCUGGUCGUCAGACGACAGUGCGUCAAGUGAAGAUCAUCUGUUCCCAACAGCGUGGGAGUCGGAAUGGCACGAACACGAUCCGCUCCCUGAUUUUCAGGAUGUCGACGUGCUGGAUAUCGCCACCCUCCGGCAACAGCCUACUCUGGAGCCAAUUUUCCGAUCGCCAAUCUCUCUCCUGCUCUAUCAGCACUGGGUAGAGAGAACGGGAGACGUUAUGUCAGCUCAUCGUGGCAAGUUGAAUGCGUUUAAGACGGAGCUGCCUCGGCUUGCGAUCGCGUACCCAGACACUGUCCUGCAAAGCCUACUAGCCUGUAGCGGGAUACACUAUUGUAAUGCGGGCAGGACGCCUGACAUUGAGACGAGCACCUGGACACAUUUGGGGCUCGCAUUAAGAUCGCUGAAAUACGGAUUAACAAAACUUGUGGCCAACCCCGGAACGGAUCCGAUACCGCUUUUGGCAACGGCUUUGACAACCAGAGGUGACGUCAGCGGAGUUCUCUCACAACACUUACGAGCUGCUCAUAUACUUUUUAAUAUCGUCCUUUCAUCCCCGUCUUCCCUUCGUAUCGAUGAGUCUAUACUUGAAUUCCUGAAGGAGUUCUACACAUAUGUCUUGCGCAUCACAGAGAUAAGUAAUGACUCCCAAAGUAUAGUCCUCCACGGCUCUGUGCGCCAGGAAACCCCGACAGGGGAUUUUGCCUGGGUUAGCGGCAAGAGUUAUGGUAUGCUGGUUGGCUGUUCAUAUGAACUCUUCGAUAUGAUCCCCCAGGUUUCUGCGUUGGCACGUCGGAAGCGGCAAAGGAUAAAAGAGAACUCAAAGCAAAGCUCGAGUAGCGCGAGAUCCAAACUUCAAGAGGAGCCUGACACGGACGAGAUGGCCUACCGUAUCCUGAGAUCUAGAAUAUUGUUUUGGCGCCCACCAUCUGAUGCCCGUCAGGAUUUUAUCACAUGCGGAUGGAUCUACCAACAGGCCAUCCUUUGUUAUCUCGACGUAUCCUUCGCGAAUCCACCAAUAACUGCGCAGACGCCUCUACCGCGGUUCAUUCAUGAGCGAUUUGAGAGGCUCAAAUGUCUGCUCGAUGAACUCCCGAUCGAUGCGCCCAUUUCCCACACACUAUGCUGGCCAUUAGCGUUAUUUGGGAGUCUGGCGCGUAAGGCUGAUCAUAGAGAACUCAUACUCAACCGACUACAGGCAAUGUGGGAAUUGCUUCGGCUGGGAAACAUCAACACCACCAUGAAUUUCUUAAAAAGGUUGUGGGAAGAUGAUGGCAGCGAUACGAGCGCCAAUGCCGCCUCCAGCAGCUGCGAUCACCCCACUACCACGAAGAAUUCUAGUGCGAUGGUUCGAGCGACGAAGCGAAAACGAGCCCCAAAAAUUAUAUCCGAUAACAGUGACAUGGAGGCCCUGAUGAAGAAAUAUGAAUUAAUGUUUUCUUUUGCUUGAUCGUGGUGGUCGCGGUGUUUUGACUUUGGGACGAUCUGGGCGUCAUUUUGGAAUAUUCAAUGCUGGUAUCUCUUUGUAAUCGAUUCAAACCAUCCAACGACUUAGUUAUGACUGCUGUCGUAUUUUCCUAUGUCUUGCUUUUCUAAUGUUUUGUCCUUUUGCGAAUAGCGCUGGAACUCGGAACGAAGACAUGAUUUUGGAUUAGGGCCACUUGGAUCUCUGGUUGAGUUGGAGGCAAAAUCAACGUUAUUUUG